CAGUGGUAGCCCCGCCCCCUUGCCGAGACUCGGAUCUGGGCCACAUAGACUCAACAGUCAGUGGAGUUCCUACGCCUCCUUGUCAUCCCAGCAACCAGUGACGCGGCCCGCCUGAAGCUAACCACUGGCCAACUGGGGAAAGCGGGAUUGGAGCGUGACCCCUAUUCUAAGGCGUCUCCCAGCUCCCCUUACUCGGCGGCCGCGCGCUCCGCCAGCCCCUUCCUCCCUUCUCCUCCUUAGUCCUGCAGUCGGGGAGGCGGGGGUCGGCGAGCUAGCUGAGCGGGAACCGCGUGGUGUACAAGGAGCCAGUCGGCGACCGGUGAGGGGACUGAAGGGUCGGGAGGGCAGGGUUGGCGCGGGGCAGCGAUCUCUGUCUGCCCGUCUUCCCUCCGCUGUGGGCGGCUAGCGCCUGCAGCAGUUGGGAGCGCCGCCCUGGCAACGAGUGACGCGGAAGCACUACGGAACAAACGAUUGGUCUGCUCACUCCCGCGGCCGCUGGGCGGCCUGCUCCUCCCAGGCCCCCUUCGCCUGUCCUCGUCCGUCUUUCCCCGGUCACCUUCGGGCCCAGCAGCCCCACCACGCAACGUCACCAGGCUAAGACGGAUUAAAAGGGCAACUUUAGCCACCAGGUUCUGUCGGCGUUAAUCGGCCCGGACUCCUCACUACGUCUUUGGUGCCCUGUCUAACCUUCGAGGUGGGCUGGCGCCAAGGGAGAGGAGUUGAGGUGGGAAGUUUCGCCAAGGAGAGUCUGCCUAGCAACUCGUGACGAUCGUUGACUGAAGCGCCCGGAAUUGGCUGCACUGCGACCUUCUCAGGGCACAGAACAUCCUGCUCCAAAGGCAUGAGAAGAGAACAUCCUGCAUUGGCCACUCUUGCCCAAUGUGGAGGGGAGCAGAAGAUCCUGAGCCCACCCCUGAAGGCCUUCAAAAAACAGAAAAUAACACGCAGUUUGAGGAGGUGCACCCUGGCUUGGGAGUGGAACACAUCCCUGCCAUACUGCAUUCCAGACACUCCCCAGCCUGUCACUCACCAUGUUAGAUGCAUCAGAGGUGGCGGCGGCUGCAGGAAGGCCUUACAUAUGCAGUGAAUGUGGCAAGAGCUUCCGCUACAGUUCUGUGCUGCUGCGUCAUGAGCUGGCGCACGGUGGUGAGAGCCGCUACCGCUGUCUAGACUGUGGUGAGCGCUAUGCCCUGGCUGCUGACCUCCGCGCCCACCGACGCGCCCAUGCUGGCCAGACGCUCUACAUCUGCAGUGAGUGCGGCCAGAGCUUCCACCAUAGCGGCCGCCUGGACCUACACCAGAGUGUGCACAGACAGCGCAGUCGCUCUUGCUCUUGUCGUGCCUGCGGCCGCAGCUUCCCACACCUCCCGGCUCUGCUGCUGCACCGGCGCCGCCUGCACCCUCCAGAGCAGCCCCGCCGAUGUCCACUGUGUGCCCGCACCUUCCGACAGAGCGCGCUACGCUUCCACCAGGCGCGGGCACACCCUUGGGGGACACUCAUCACGCCCAUCGACCCACUGCACCAAUGCGCACAGUGCCCACGGGCUUUCCACAGCUAUGCAGGGCUGCGGAGCCAUGCGCGCAUCCACGUGGCCCAGAGCCCUGGCGACUCCACACCUCCACAGCCUCAUGCUCCGGGUACACACCAUUGCAGUGUGUGUGGGAAGAACUUUGGUAAGAGCUCAACACUAACACGACACCUGCAGAUUCACUCAGGUGAGAAGCCCUUCAAGUGCCCUGAGUGUGGAAAGGGCUUCUCGGAGAGUGCCACGCUGGUGCGCCAUCAGCGCACGCACACAGGUGAGAAGCCCUACGCGUGUGAGGACUGUGGGCGCCGGUUCAGCGAGAGUUCCACACUUUUGCGCCACAGGCGCAGCCACCAGGGAAAACGGCCGCACGCAUGUGCCACCUGUGGCAAGGGCUUCGGGCAGCGCUCUGACCUAGUGGUGCACCAGCGCAUACACACAGGCGAGAGGCCCUUCCCAUGUGCCGAGUGUGGCCGCCGCUUCAGCGACCGUUCUGACCUCACCAAGCACCGGCGAAUACACACAGGCGAGAAGCCCUACCACUGUGAGUUGUGUGGCAAACGCUUCACAUGCGUGUCCAACCUCAACGUGCACCUGCGCAACCAUGCUGGUCACAAGCCCCAUAAGUGCCCUGAGUGCGGCAAGGCCUUCAGCGUGGGCUCCAAACUGGCACUGCACCGCAAGACACACCUGGGCGAGCGGCCAGCAGAAUGUGCUGAGUGUGGCAAGUGUUUCAGCCACAGCCGCUCGCUCUCACAGCACCAGCGGGCCCACACACGAGCUCGUGCGGCCACCGCUGCCACCCAGGCCACCACAGGAGCUGCCCUCAUCUUUGCUGGCCAGGCAGAACAGGAAAAGCUGGACUUUUUGUGUCCCAGCUGAGGGGAACUUGCUGAGAAGCUUUUCUGGAGUGGGCUUGGCAAAUACCAGAUAUAGAGCCACAGGGAUGGUGGGGCAGCUCCGCAGAUGGGAGUUUGUGUAAAAACAGCAUGGCUGUCUCUCACCCUGUCACACCCCUACAUCCAUUUCUCUUGUCAGCUCUUCCUGUCCAUCCUUCCUGCUCUCCCUCUGGGGUGUAGGUGCAGGGAGUUGGGAAAACCUAGACAUGGAAGACAGCCCAAGUAUUGGUGUGUUCCCAUUGCUGCUACUGUGCCCUCAGAUGCUUCCCCCUCACCCCCACCCCUGUUUUCCUACCUGUAUUGUCUUCUCUUGUCCCAUCCCUUUUCCCGCCUGAGUCUCCUCUAGCUCUCUGGGUACUUUUGUUGUCCUGACUCUUCAGGUAAUGAUCAUAGGGUGGCCAUAGUAACAACCCACCUGCCUUGUGGUUUUCUUGCCUCUUGGUUCCACUUGACACUUUUCUCUGCUGCUUUCUCCCUGGGCUCUGAGAGAUGGGAAGUUUGUAGGCAGAGAUGAUGGGAUUGUCCAUUUCAGUGAAAGGCAUCCUGCCAGAAGCAACUAGCCUGCUGCCUGGCACAGAAGGCCCACCUGCUUUGAAGGUGGGCAGGAGACCUCAGCAAAGCAACCACCUGGCGCACAACCCAGACCUGAUGGUGUCCAGAUCAAGGUCCCUCUUAGGACAGUGUUCUCCAGUUAGGUGGAGGACAUUAGCUUUGGGACCUAGACUGAGACCACAUGGGGUCCACAAAGCAGGGUAUUGUCAAGUGAAGCAUCAGAAUGUUAUAUCCAAAUCAAUCUCUGAGCUCUACAGAGGCAAUAGUGCAGGGUAGAAAAUCUGGAAUUGUCCAGUGAUUUUUUUUGCUUAUGGCUGGUGAAAUAAAGAGUUGUUUAUUUGGGUUCCA